CCUGCCUUCUUCUUCUUCUUCUUCGUGUCGUCCUCACACUGAGAAUUUCUAGAGAGAGACAGACAGACAGAGAAGAGAAAGAUGUCGGACGAGGAACAUCACUUCGAGUCGAAAGCAGACGCAGGGGCGUCAAAGACGUACCCGCAACAAGCUGGCACCAUCCGCAAGAAUGGCUACAUCGUCAUCAAGAAUCGCCCCUGCAAGGUUGUAGAAGUUUCUACCUCGAAAACUGGCAAACAUGGACAUGCUAAGUGCCACUUCGUGGGGAUUGAUAUCUUCAAUGGGAAGAAACUUGAAGAUAUCGUUCCAUCAUCCCACAACUGUGAUGUGCCCCAUGUUAAUCGCACUGACUACCAGCUGAUUGAUAUCUCUGAAGAUGGUUUUGUCAGUCUUUUGACUGAAAAUGGAAACACGAAGGACGAUCUGAGGCUUCCCACCGAUGACAAUCUGCUUAGCCAGAUUAAAGAUGGGUUCGGCGAAGGAAAGGACCUUGUGGUGUCAGUCAUGUCCGCAAUGGGAGAAGAGCAGAUCUGCGCUCUCAAAGAUAUCGGUCCUAAGAACUAGAAUAAAUCGCUGCUGUUUUAUUAGCUAGUCAUGGCAGUAGAACUUGUUAAUGUUUGCUAAAGGAGUUUCCUUACAUUCCUAAAAUCCACGAACAGAGGUUUAUUAGCAGUGUGGUUGUAAUGAUGACGAGUGAUGAAUCCGAUGAUAGUAAUGGCAAGAGGUGGUAAUCCUCUUGCGCAUGCCUCUGUUGUACAGCCUUGCGCUCACAACAAAGGGGAUUACAUUGAA